AUGCUCUCGCAACCCGGUUUAACAAUGACAAAACAGCUACAACUAAGGGGGACUUUGUCGCGUACACCAACAGGUGGGCAAGUGAGCUGGGUUCAUAUGACCUCCCAUGACGGUACCACUGACGGUGCCGACGACGACGGAAUCGCAUACAUCAAGACCAAUAUUGAAAAGUACAUUAAGGAUGCGGGUGCUGAUCGUCUGGGCAUUUUCUAUACCGCGGUUCCAAGCUUUACCUUGAGGUUGGCUCAAAGCAUUGCGUGCAACGAAGGUGGUGGCCACAUUGUCAAACAGAUUUUUUCCAAUCCUCAAAAAGAGCAAAAUCUUCACUGGAGACAGUUCUAUCGGUCUUCGAAAGCCUUUGCGUUGGGAGCAAAUGGGGGGACGGCCUACGUCUUACUAGAUCCUGACAACGGCCGUACAAUUUUCUCCCCACCCUCCAAGGACCCUCGGAACCGUGACUCAAGCCAAGGCGGGAAAGCCACCGUAGGUGAAGUCUGGCAUUACGCCGAGCUACCGGCUCUCAUGCGAAACACAAAUAUCCACACAAUCAAGUCCGCAUGGUAUAAGAAUGAUAUAAAUGCUGGAUGGGACGAGUAUGAUCUACGCACAGAGUGGAAUAUCGAUGCUGAUGGGGACAAGUACCCUAGGGAUAAAUUCCCGGAAAUAGCGAUGGAUACCACUCCUAUUAAAAUUCCUGGACGGUCUCCAAUGUAA